CUCUUCUCUCUAGCCAACCUAGCUACUAUCUAUCUCUUCUCCUCAUCAUAACUCCAAAAGCCAAUUUAACCAUUGGAUCGAGUUCAGUUUGAAUUCGAUCCGAUGGUUCUGAUAAAGUCUUAAGUAAACUAGUAGUCUUAGGUAAUCCAGAGGACUACUUUUUUCCUUGGUUCUUUUUUUCCCUUCAAGGCAAAACUUUGCCAUAUUGGGAAGAUACUCUUGAUCAAGUGUUUUUUUUUUAUCAAGAUGGACAAAGUAAUGAGGUUGGCAUCAGAGAAGGGUGUGGUGAUUUUUAGCAAGAGCUCAUGUUGCCUGUGCUAUGCAGUUAACAUUCUAUUUCAAGAGAUUGGGGUGAGUCCUGUGGUUCAUGAGAUUGACCAAGAUCCUGACGGCAGGGAAAUGGAGAAGGCUCUUAUGAGGCUGGGGUGCACUGCCCCCGUGCCGGCUGUGUUCAUAGGCGGAACCCUGGUGGGAUCAACCAAUGAAGUCAUGUCCCUCCACCUAAAAGGCCAACUCAUCCCAAAGCUGAAGCCUCACCAGCAGCAGACUAUGUCUUAAUUAAAACUACUCAAAUAUCAUGUUGGAAAAAAAAUAAAUUGGCUCAAAUUAGUACUGUAGUGAGCUCUGCAUGCAAGGUCUAUGUAG